AUGGACGCGCGCGCGGUCGAGCGCGCGCUGGGCGGCUUGCGACCGGCGCCGCGACCGUUCCCACCGCGGUGCGAGGACGGACGAGAGCUGUGUAAGCGGUACAUGACGGCGGAGAAGGGAUGCGGGUUGGUGGACUGUCCGCGGGCGCACGUCGCGCGGAACGAACGGCCGGCGUGCCCGGAUCACGCGACGUACGGACACUGCGCGCGAGGACGAGGGUGUUGGUUGCGGCACGAUGUGGUGCCGGAGAGCGCGUUCGGUGCGGGUGGGGUGGUGCUCAUGGCGGACUCGGAGUCGUCGCUGCGGCACUUGGGACGGUGCAGGGAAAUUUUAGGCGCGGACGCGGUGACGGUGGGCGGACGCACGGCGCUCGGAAGGAGAGGUGUCGACGUGCUGUUGAUGAUUUCUAGCGGUGACGCGUGCGGAACGCUGAGACGGCUGUACGAGGCGGAACCGCACGGGAUGGCGAAGACGAGGCGGACGCUCGCGUUUCCGCGAGACGCGCCGCGAGCGAGUUUCGUGGAGGACGACGAAGCGGACGCGGCGAUGGAGCGGUGGAUGGAGACGACGAUGGCGUCCAUGGAGAACGACGUUGGACCGGACGGACGAGCGUACCUUCGCGUGCGAGCGGCGCCGAAGUGGUUGGAGAAGAAAAUCUACGGAGCGCUGGACGCCAUCAUCGAGCGCCGAGGCGAGUCGCUUCGGGUGUCGCCGCCUGGCCGAGGCGUGUCGAGCAGGGAUUGCACGCACUGCCUCGACGCGGUGAGUUUAUAUGGACGCACGUUCACGAGUAUCUGGCGAACGCGCGGGGUUUACGAAGACGCUCGCGGGGAAGAGACACGAUCUGGGUUCCCAGAGCCCGACGCGCCGAAAUUGCCGAAACGCGGUGAUGCCACAAUGGACGACUUAGCGUUCGUCUACCCGCUGCUUCUGCAAGACUUUCGAUCGGACGUUCGCUCUUCUUCAUGCAGAGCUUACUUUAAACUCCACGAGGCGCUCCUUCGCGCGGGGGUUCCCGUGAAGGAUGAUUGGAAUUGCGCGGAUAUCGGCGCCGCGCCUGGCGGAUGGACCCGAACGCUCGGCGAACGCGUGACGUCGGGUGUGGUGUGGGCGAUCGAUCCGGCGGAACUCGUGCUCGAUCCGAUGCCGGUGAACGUGAAGCACUUGCAAGUACUCGCCGAAGAUGCCGUGCAGACGGUUCGUGAGGGUCUUCGCGCGACGAAAACUGGCGAACUUAAUCUCAUUGUGUGCGACGCAAACAUGCACCCAGAGGCGUGCGCGCGAAUCGCACUCGAGUUCGCCGCCAAGUUCGCGUCUUCAAAGGGCGAGUCUUGGUUGAUUCUCUCGACCAAAAACUUUUGCAAGGGGACGCUUAAGUGGUUAAAGGCCAUCGAUGCGACGAUGGAGAUGGUCCGCGACGCGGGAUACGACGAAGUUUUCGUUCGGCAUUUGUUCAGUAAUUGCGCCGAGGAGAAGACGCUCUUCGCGCGUAGGUUAGGGAAACCGUAG